AUGAAUUCGAGGUCUCCUCAGAGUCAAGUCUUUUACACCCCGUUCAACGAUCUCCUCUUACUAAACUUGGCGGUCCUGAUGACACCGCCGUCGCUCAGGGCAUCCCGCCCGAUUAAUCCUUUUGCGCUUCCUGAUUCAAUCGUCACUCUCUGGUCCUCCCGUUGGAGUAUCGCCCCUGGGAGCUGCCAGGAUAGGCCUACACCCCUGCUGUGCAACUGCACUCCCCGCUGUGAGCUCCAGGAGUGUGUGCCUUUCUCUACUGGACGUGGCUUGGGUGUCCCCCUGCGGGACAUAGGGUAUGGAUCUCAGAGAGUGAUUGAAAGCACUCUCGAGGAUGCCUACUCCUGUGUCCUUGAAGGGACCUCCUCCAAGAAGAUCACCUUGGCUAUCACGUGGCUGGGUUAUACACAUCUUGGGGAAAAGAAGUACACCUUUGUGACCCCGUCCACGAAAGUACAACUGGCUUGUGAGAUUGGACACGCGUUCAGCGUAUUUCUCCAUUGGGUUGAGUUUGCUCAUGUGGCCGCGUUUUUGCCUAAUCUAGACCCAUGGGAAAUUCGAGCAGUGUGGCAAUGUUCCCCGGAGGACAGGUCCGCCCUUAGCGGGAUGCUUGGAGCUGCAAAGUGGCGUAUCUGCCAUGUCGAGGACGUGGCCUGCGCGUCGGGUGGUGUCGUGCAUGUGUCUCCCGUCUAUCUGUCGGUGUCUGCUGUUCAUUGGGGCUGGUGCUACGAUGUAUCCUCAGACGGGCCGUGCGGAUGCAGGUCGUCAAGCGGAGAGACACCAGCCUCGUGCGCGGGGCAUGCGAGAGGCAGCGGGCCAUUCCGGAAGGGCCAGCCCCCCAUUCGGGACGACGGCGGGCUCUGGGACGAGCCACAGGCGGAGACGGGCACGAUUGUUUCCCUUGGUGCCAACGCGGACACGGAGCGAGCGUUGCUACGCCGUCGCCCCGAUGACGGGCGGCCUCGGCUUCGGCCUCGGCCACCAAUCUCAGACAGCGGGCACCAACCUACGAAUCCAGCAGGCGCACCGGCGAUCCGGAGACGAACCGGACGUCGCCCCGGCCAGGCAACGGCUGAGCCCUAUCCAGCACACAUCGCGAUGACAUCUGUGACGGCCCGCUGCCUCCCCGGCUGCCCUCCUACGCUCGGGCCACUCGUGGGGCAUAUAAAAUCAUUCACCAUCCCCUCGUCGUCCCCAGCGCGCCCCUUUCCAUCCUCCCACCACCUUCUCUUCCUACCGCGCAACGCAGAACCAAUUGGUGAUAUCCCCCCGCCCGCUAUCUUGCGAACAGUACAUCUCACAGUUUACCCUCGACUCCCCUCGGACCACCAACGCACCGCAACAAACUUCCAUCUCCGAGCCAUUGUCUCUACCACUUCCGGCAUGGCUUCCCCCCAGACCUCAUCCAUCUUCGCCAUCGCGUCCCCCUCCGUCAUUUCUCGCCCUAUCCUCACAGCCUCCCCCUCCACUUACCUCCUCCUUGCGCUAUCCACUCUCUUUGUCUACCUCGCUGCUUCUGCCGUCCAUCGCCUCUUCUUCUCUCCCCUCUCCGCCCUUCCCGGCCCUUGGUAUGCCGCCGUCUCCGACUUGUGGCUCACCACCCAUGUCGUCCGCCUUCAGCAGUGCAGAACAGUCCAGGCCCUCUUCGACCGCUACGGUCCCGUCGUUCGUGUCGGCCCGAACAAGGUCGUCUUCUGCGACGCCACCGCCAUGAAGAGCGUAUACUGCGUACACAAAUUCGACAAGAGUUCUUACUACAAGAGCCUCCUCACGUCAGCCAUCGUCCUUCCUUCCUCGCUCUUCAUCACACAUAAUGACCGUUUUUUCUGCAGGAACAACAACGACCAUGCUAUGACCACCCUUCCGAACGCACAGCACGCAGUCCGCCGCAAGGCUUAUGCGCCCCAUUACACUCCUUCAAAUCUCGCUCUCUUUCAACCAGAGCUGCACGACUACACCCUCAAACUCGUUGACACCCUCUUCAUCGCCUCUGGAAAGGCAUCCGUCGAUUGCCUCGACUUAUUCCGCCACCUUAUGGUCGACAUUAUCGGAUCGACCGUCUUUGGUUCCCGUCCGGGUUCGCUCGACAACUGGGCGCUCAAUAUCCAAGAUCCUCUCGCCACUGCCGUGUACGACUUUCCCAAGCGUGGUGUCCUGCGCAGCGCCGUCCCGGCUUGGGCUUGGGAUCUUGUGUGCCGCAUUCCAAGCGAGCGGUGGCGUCAGAUCUGCGACUCAGAUACGAUCAUGGCUCAGUUCGUUGCAGGUCGUCUGUACGAAAUGCGCACAAAGAUGCAGGCCGGCCCUGUCGGUGGCGACUCUGAAGCCGAAAAGGUCCCCCUUCUGCAACGCAUGCUCCAGUAUCGUGUCGUUGCCACACAUGAAGGCAUGGCAGACCGAGACAUCAUCUCGGAAGGCAUGGGCCAUUUGGUUGCCGGAGUUGACACAUCGUCGACAACUCUUUCGUACCUCUUCUGGGAAAUCAGCCGUCGUCCGGACAUCAUGCAGCGACUCCAGGCCGAGCUCGACGAGGCAAUGCCUGACCGUCGCGUGAUCCCCGACUUUGGCAUCCUCAGCAAGCUACCCUAUCUGAAUGCCUUUAUGAGAGAGGGUUUCCGCAUCUAUGGAGCUGCCCCUUCCCUCCUUGAGCGCGUGGUCACAUCCACGACGCCGCCCAAUGUUGAUGAUUCCUUUGAUCUUAUGGGAUAUGCUCUGCCUCCUGGCACGAUUGUCUCGACCCAGGCAUGGAGCAUGCAUCGUGACCCUGAUGUUUUCCCCAGCCCCGAAACCUUUCUCCCUGAGAGGUGGCUCGAGAUGGAGGGGGUCGAUGGAGAGGAAGACAGAAUUACGAGGAUGACCCAACAUAUGAUGCCAUUUGGUGUUGGCACUCGCAUCUGCGGUGGACAAAAUCUUGCUCAUAUGGUGCUGCGCAUCGUAGUCACCGCCGUGGUCAGCAACUUCAAGAUAACGGCGAAUGCGGCGGAGACAAAUGAGCGAAGUAUGGAUAUGCGCGAUGCAUUCGUCACUUUCCCCGCCGCGAGGGAGUGUAAGCUUGUCUUCACCGCGCGCAAGCCAUAA